AGGAACAAAAUGGCAGGUGGUCAAACCGGACCAUUUAAAGUGCAUGAACAUGGAGGACAAAAUACAGAGAUCUGUAAACAAUUUACAAGGAAGAUUGAAGAAAAAGGAUAUCAAGGAUCAGUUUGUAUUGACAUUUGUAUUGACAUUCCGAAGCUGUCUUUUCUCUAUGUUCAUGAAGUUACCCGGGUUUUUCAUGACAUUAAGAGUGCACUGAAUAGUGCUGGAAAUAUCAAUUCCUAUGAUGCUGUGGUUGUAUUUAGGAAAAUAACACGAUAUGACAUACCAGACUCCAGUGAUCUCUACUCCAGAACCCGGCCCUUGGAGAUCCCUGAUGAGUUACCCAUCGUUGCAUGCUACUGGUUUGAAAAUGACUGUGAGCAACAACUUUGUGACUGUGAGGAAAACGAGAAGUCUGUGGAGGAGCUUGUUAACUUAAUAAAAAAGGACACGACCUGCUGCUGCUCCUGCCUCUUCUCAUGCUUAUUGGACAUCCUGGGAGUCUUGAACAGAUGCUGUGCUAACCUGGGAGUCUGCUGUAACAAAUGGUGUGCUAACCUGGGAUUCAGAGACUUCUGUUACAGAUGCUGUGCUAACCUGGGACUCAGAGACUUCUGGUACAGAUCCAGAGAGAGAGAGAGAAAAUCCAGCGGGAUGGUGAUUCUUACCAUGGAGUGAAGCCCUCCAGGAAGCUUUAAAAACUUUAAAACAGUCUUCUUUUGUUUAUUGUAAGUUCUUAGUUAGCGGUUCUCUUACGUUUAAGACUUUUUAUUUUAACCAAACCGAAUACCAGUGUUGGUAGGAGGGGAGGGUUUUCUUGGAGUUAUUUUAGUGAUUUAUGUAAAGAAAAUAUGAUCUUUAAAGGAAUUUUGAUUUAUCAAAAUAAGAAGAAAUUUAUAAACAAAUGUGUGAACAGAAAGCCUGUGGAAUUAUUAAGAUUUGAUUUGUGAUUGUGAAAGAUAAUAAACAGAAGAGAA